GACACGGACAAGGGACCAUUACAAUAACACCAGCUGCUCUUCUUAUGUCUUCUUUUUUUAACACACUUACAUUCCCUUACAUUCCUUGGAUGUUUUAAUAGUGGAUCUUUGAAUGAGUUCACGCUGUUGCUUCAACAUGAACGUUUUGGCAACUUUUUUCUUCACUGGACUGAAGAAUGUGAAGUCGCUCUGGGAGGGAAAUAACGGUACAGGACGUUAGCCGAAUGUUAGCUAAGCUUCAACAGUUGCUCGGUUGGUUGGUCAACUAGCUAAGUGACAAAAACGGUCAUGGAGCGCGCGACUUUUUCAAAGUAUUCGUGGAUAGAUUUCGCCUUCUCUGUGAUCGGAGUGUGUACCUUCCUGGUGGACUGGGGCUCAGACGUGUGGGUGGCCACCGAGUUUUACUGCCGAGGGGACGUCUUAUGGUUCGGGGUUCUGGUCGGCCUCAUGGUCCUGUCGUCGGUCGUGGUCCAAAUGUUCAGCUGGUUCUGGUACCAGUAUGACCGCAAACUGCCGGGGUUCUGCAGCGUGCAGACCGGAGGAGUAACCGUGCUGUUCGGGGACCGAGUGAAGCUUUCCUGCCUGUUACAUGUGCUGCAGCUGGGCUUCCUUUGCAGGCACAUCUCGGCCAUACGACAAGGCUUCAGGGUCUGGUGGCGGAAAGCGGAAGGGUCAGAUUACGCUGUUUACCUGACCCACGACCUGAGCAUGCUCCGACUCAUCGAGACGUUCUGUGAGAGUGCUCCUCAGCUCACACUGAUGAUCUACGUCAUGCUACAAACCAACAAGGCCCGGACCGUACAGUUUGUGAGCAUUGCUGCCUCCACCACCUCAAUCGCCUGGAUGGUGGUAGAUUACCACCGCUCCCUGCGCUCCUUCCUCCCUGACAAGGCCAAACAGGGCUGGUGUUCCUCUGUAAUCUACUUCCUGUGGAACCUGCUGCUAAUCGCCCCGCGUGUGGCGGCCCUCGCUCUCUUCGCCUCGGUUCUGUCGGGGUACAUCGGCGUUCACUUCCUGAUGCAGUGGUUUGUCUUCGUGUGCUGGGCCUGGCAACAGGGGACCAACUUUAUGGACAGUCCAUUUGGGGAGUGGCUGUACCGCGCCACCGUGGGGCUCAUUUGGUACUUCAGCUGGUUCAGCGUAGCAGAGGGUCGCACCAGAGGCCGGAGCAUCAUCUACCACUCCUUCAUCACCACAGACGGAGGGAUCCUGCUUGCGACGUGGUGGUGUUACAGAGACCCUGUCCAGACUGAGUCGUACGCCCUGGCUCUGCUCAUAGCUCUGCCUUUCAUCUACCUCCUGGGACUGCUCCUGAAAACCCUCUAUUACUGCUGCUUCCACCCCAAGCUGUGGAGGCCCCCAGCGAGGGAGCCAGGGCUUUCCGAUGAUAUGCCCGAUGCAGAAGUGCCCUUCAGAGAAUUUUCCUUCCAGGACGGCGCCCUGUCCUCCAAGCAACACAACAAACGGAUGGCCUGCCAUGCUGCUCACUUUUACUCAAGAGAAAGGAGCUAUUGAAAACCCUGAUAUCCCUGAAAGAGCUGAGCCAUCACCUCUGUGAAAUCUGACUUUGUGUGUGUCACAGCCAACUAAUGGUGUAGUCUACUGUUUUCUAUUUGUGCUGCAAUCUCACCAGCUGCUCAGAGUCAUCUAAAAAUACAGGAUCAAUUACAGUAGUUGAAUCCAGGUGUGAGCAAUAGAGUGCUGCAGGGAUGAUUACUUUGUAGGCCAACUUGGAAGCUAGCAUCGGCCCUUUACUUUGAAGAAAAUUGCAGAUUGUAAACUAUGUGGCAGCAAGAUAAUUUCCAUAAAAAUAAACACCUCUUCAAGCAUUAAAGCGUAAAUGCAAUCAGCAGAUGUCAAACCUAGUGUUAUAAAUGUUAUAAAAAGCUUUAAACCAACUAAACUAGAGUCACAUGACCUAACGUCACCACCACUGUGAUCACAUAAUGGCGUUCAAGUGUCCCUUAAAAUCUCUGUAGCCGUACUUAGCAUCUUGUUAGCACGUACCUUGGUCACCCUUUUUUACAAAUCCAGAUGUUCAUCACAUUGAGGCAACAACCCUAUAAAUUGCUGAUGCUAUUAUCAAAUCCUGCAUUUAAAAUGAUUACUUAUUUUUGUUUGAAUAACCUGGUCCUUAAUGUCUCUGACAGCACCAGCCUCCCCCCUUGACGAACAUAUUUCUACUUACUGGAACUGCGGUGUGAAUAGAAAGACUGAAAGGAAAAGUUUCCUCUGAAUUUGGCACAUGAUAAGGGGAUUUAGUUGGAACAGUAGCCUUUUAUAAUGUGUGACAUGAAUAAGCCUGGUUUUCCCCAUCUACAGUAGCUAACCUGAUAUUGACCUUGAUAUUUUGGAGCGCUUUGUUCAACUGGCUUUGCUACGAUGAUAAGAUGUAUAUUAUGAACAAACAUACACAUUUAUCAAAUCUAUUUCCCCUAGUCUAACCUGAAACUACUUCAAAAUCCAUGAACAACACCUGGAGUGGUAUAAGGUACAGAAAUGUUGAUUCAUUCUUGUUUUUGAGGACUCAUUCCUGCAGCACUUUAUGCUUUUCAGAACAGUACAUUCAUCACAAUAUAUAUUGCAUUACAGCAAUUUCUUGGGAAAACUGCUGAAACAACUGUUUUAUUAAUCCGGAUAAUUCAUCACAUUGAUGCAAAUAUAAACUACUGUUGCCAAGUCCUUCUUACUGAUUUGCAACCUUGCUACAGUAUCAUAAACACGCUCUAGAAUUUACCACAAUAUUAACUUUAUCAACAAACUCUCUGACUGUUCUUAUCUCAUAUUUCUGAACUGUACUUGAAACUUGGGCUCAUUUUAUAAUUUAAGUAUAAAAGUGAAGGCUUCUUUUUUAUUUGAUAGAAAGCAUAUUGUAUUUUUUUAUCUUACACAUUGAGUAAAUGUGUAAAUGUUACUGGGACAAGUUUCUAUUGCAAUUGUUCAACCUUGUAUUUCCAAAAUACAUCUUUGGAAAAUGUGAUCUAUUUUUUACAAACUGUUUGUACUUUAUUUGUAACAAAAUAUAACAAGGAUCAUAUUUUUGAAAGCCCCAGACGUUUAGAUAUUUUCUCACUUUUUGUAUCUAAUUUUGAAAUUAGAGGUACCUUAAUGUAUUUGCUGUUUGUUUUUUGUUACAGCUGCUACUACAGGAUACUAUUUGAAAGACUUUGAAUCAUAAGCUCUAUGUUGUUCGAACAGCUGUUUAAGACCACUACAAGGUCCUUGUUUUAGGCGAUGGUUUUACGAGAGGUUCAAAAUAAGUGUUAAUCCUUUACAUGUCAAGAAGAAGAAUUGUUAGUGCACAUUGAACAUCAGGUGACAUCAUAUGAGUGUUACUUUAACUCAUCCAGUGUUUGUUGAGCUUGUUUAAAUCCCACAUGUGCCUAAUGUUGCUGUCAGUAUCUUUGUUUAUGUUCUAUUUAAAUGUUCUCAAGUGUUGAAUGAAGUUGUCGAUUUUUUUUACACACAA